CAUCCUCGGCCUCGUCCUUGUGCUUCGUCCUUCCUUCUGACCCCUGACUACACUCGCAUAUACUCCCCUUUCUCACCAUAUCACUCGUCCACUUCGGUAGAGCGCGGGUCUUUUACCCUUCACUCUGCCCUGCUGGGCUAGCACGUACCCCUCUCUGCGCUGUUCAUUGCUUCCGCAUCGUCUCAUCGAAGCAUUGACAGACGCCCAUAGACUCGCUUUCACGCUUCUUAUCCUCUCCUCUCGUUCCCCCCUCCACCACUCGUUUACAAUGACGGCAGCAGGCUCGUCUGCCACAGACGCAUAUCAUCAGGUCACCGAUGCCGCCUGGGGACUCCUCGGUAUGGGAGGAGGAGCAGGAGGCCCGGGAGGUGGAGCAGCUCAGGAGAAGCCCACCGACGCCGAUGGCAGUUCCAUGAGCAGCAGCGACGAGGAAGCUCAACCAGGGGAGGGACAGGCUACACAGGAGGCCUAUAGCCAGAAGCAUCAGCCCACCGGAAAGCAAUUGCAGGAGAGCAAUACUGCUGCUGCUGCUGAUGGUCACAAUGGCCAGGAUGAUCAGAGCAAUGCACAAGGGUCGAGCUGGCUAACAGGGUGGAUGCCAGCUUGGGGAUCUGGACCUGGUAAUCAUCCUGACAACCCAAAUGCUACCAUAAAUCACCCGAAUCAAGAUGGUACCAUCGAUGCCAAGCCCAACGGUGACUCCAAAGCAGGCAAAGGGGACUCUUCCGCCUCUGCUCCCCGUGCAAAACCUCAUGGCAUUGACGAUGAAGCUGACGCUGAAGCUGACGAGGGCCGAAACAAAGCCAUCAAUCUCAAGUCCCUCGAACACAAGAAGGAUGCCAAGAGUGAUGCCCUCGCCCGUGCCUUGAACAGAGAACCCAACAGAGGAGCAGGGCAUCGAGACGACGAAGAGGACCAAUACAAUCGCAAAGCAGACCCCUGGUCAGUCGAUUUUGAUGGAAAAGAGAGCAACGAGAACAUGCAGCAGAAGGAAAGCAAGAGCAAAAAGAAAAGUCUUCGCAUAGGUCACAAGUCUGAUAGCGAUAGCGACCGGCCAGCCGAGGAGGAGAUCGCACCGAAGAGGGAGCGACAUCCUCUUGCCUACUCGACCAAGCCCCAGCAUGAUGACCAUCCCGCCCACAGGGGACCCAUGUGGGCUAGUCGACCUGACGAUGCUCAGCGUCAAAAGCUCAAGGAGAUGAAGCGCAAGAAGAUGCAGCAGCUCAGGGAAGAGAAGCGGAAGGCUAAGAAGGAAGCGGAUGGCAGCAGUGCCAGCUCCAGUGACGAAGGGGAGGGUGAAGAUGGCAACACCAAAGGCAAUGGUGCUCAAGCCUCCGGUGCCAAUGGUGCUCAAAGGCCGGGCAAGAACCGCACUCAGUCUUCUAAGCUGCAGUCCUUCUUGGGAGUCUCCCGCGCAAACAAAGGAUCUAAGCCGAGUCAACACGACGCUGGGCAGCAGGAACCCGAUCAAGAUGGCAAGCAAGAUGCAGGCAAGGGUUUUCGAGGAGUCUUGGGUGCUUACGAGGGUGCCCCUACCGGUGAUGGGGACCCUUAUCGCCAUCAGAACCAGGAGCCGCCCAAAGAGGAGAAGGACAAGUCCGCUGGUCAAGGCAAAGCUGCUCCCAAUGGUAGUGCGACGCACGGAGAUGACGCCUCUCCCGAUCAUGCCAAGUUGAACAAGAUCUCGAAGCUCAUGCUCAGCAAAGACGACGCCAAUGGCGAGGCUACCGGCGAUGGAGCUGCUCGUUCUGGUGAUGAUGGCGAAGGUGGUGGUGCUACUACCUCGAGCGACCGAUGGGCCCUUCUCAAACAACGAGUGCAAGCUACAGGAGCAGUUGCUAAGCGACGAGCAGACAAGCAAAAGGAGCAGUCCCGGAAGCGAGUUCUAGGAGGGCUCGAUAUGACCGCCGAGCUCCAGUCUGGUAUCCUACCCGUCUUCAUGCUCAAGAUGGCUCUCGAAAGGGAUGAGGCUGGUCAUCGUCGCGUGCCUGUCCUCCUCAAUCACUUGCAUCUCAAAGUGACAGACUCUGUCAACCCUCUCCACAACACCUCUGCCGUCUUUCGUAUCGAACUGAGCUACGGAGACGACAUGAUCAAGUGGGUCAUCUAUCGUACGCUUGGAGACUUUAUCGCUCUGCACACCCACUAUAGAGCUGCUGCUCUCAAGGGCAUCUUCGGCAGAGCAGUGGGAGACAAAGGAACACCGGAUGGUGAGAUCGGCCUGCCUCGUUUCCCAAAGACUUCCCUACCCUACUUCCGUCAGUUGCAGUCUCAGGGCGGCAUGAAGAGCGGUAAUGCUCGCAAGGUCUUUGCUCGAGUUCAGAGAGAUGCGUUAGAGGAUUACAUUGUUGCCCUAGUGAGGCGGACCAUGUUCCGCCCAGAGGCCAAUCGACUCUGCAAGUUCUUUGAGAUGAGCGCGUUGGGGAUCUCUCUAGCCAGUAGAGGCGGCUUCCAAGGCAAGCAGGGCUACCUACGUGUGCUCAGUCGAGGUGGAAGGAAGACGGACCAAGUAAGCGUAAUGAAGCCCUCGACAUGGAUCCACGGGCAUGAGCCAAAGUGGUUCGUUGUCAGAGAAAGCUACAUUGCCAUUUGCCCUGGACCCGAGACACUCGAGGUGCACGACGUCUUUAUGAUCGACGGAGAGUUCCGAGUGGAACGGCCGAAGAGAUUCUACAAGCAGGCCACGCAUCUUGCUUCUGAGAUCAGACAGGCCGGUAAAGACGGAGAGAAGAGUGGUGGCGAGAAGGGUGGCGGCGAGAAGGGUGGCGAAAGCGGUGCAGGAAAGCAGAAGAUUGGCAUCCAUGACAGAUCUGACAAUCUCGCCUUGCUCACCGAGGGGCAAUUCAAGCAUCGAGAAGGCGAUGCUGGCACGGACUCAGAGAAUGAGUCUGAUCCAGGCAAGCGCAAGGCAGCAGUCGCCAAGGGCAAGGCACGCGCAAAUACGAACGUCUCUUCGCACACGUUCUACAUCUGCAAUGCUGAGCGUCGGCUGAAGCUUUCUGCAAAGUCCGACAGGAUCCUCGAGCAAUUCAUCGCUUCCAUGGAGCGCGUCGCCCGUCAAUCUUGCUUCGCUGGCUCUAAUCGAUUUGGCUCCUUCGCUCCGAUUCGGCUCAAUGUCAAUGCUCAAUGGCUCGUAGAUGGCAGAGACUACUAUUGGGAAGUCUCGCGAGCCCUCUUGCUUGCCAAGGACCGCAUCAUGAUUCAUGACUGGUGGCUGAGCCCUGAGCUGUAUCUCCGCCGACCUGGAGAGCCCAAAUGGCGACUAGACAACAUCCUGCAGAAGAAGGCACAGGAAGGAGUCAAGGUCUUCGUCAUCCUCUACAAUGAGGUUUCGAACAAUUUCACCCCUACCGACUCGGGCUACACUAAGAGCCGGCUGUCUGCUCUUCAUCCUAACAUCUACGUUCAGCGUUCGCCUACGCACUUCCAGACUGGAACCUUCUUCUGGGCGCAUCAUGAGAAGAUGUGCGCCAUCGAUGAGACCAUUGCUUUCAUGGGAGGCUUCGAUCUCUGCUUUGGACGUUAUGACACUGCCGCACAUGUUCUCGUAGACGACGUAGAGACCGACUAUCAGGAGGGCAAUCAUCACGCUAAGGAGCUGUUGGGUCCUCCCACAAAGGACGGUAAAGAGGCACACGUCUGGCCCGGACAGGACUACGCCAAUGAGCGAGUGGCGGAAUGGUCCGACCUCACCAAGCCGGCCCAGGACUUGUUCGACAGGACCAAGUUCCCUCGAAUGCCCUGGCACGACACGGGUCUGCAGCUCAUUGGACAGCCCGCUCGUGAUCUCUCUCGACACUUCACUCAACGAUGGAACUACUUGCUCAGGAACAAGAACCACAAGAGGAAGUUCCCCUUUUUGGUUCCGGCUCCAGACUUCACUGUCCAGGAAUUGGAGAAGUACCAGCUCACGGGAACUUGUGAGACUCAGAUCUGUCGUUCGGCUGGACCCUGGAGUCUGGGAACCUCAAAGACUGUGGAGCACUCUAUUCAGAAUGCCUAUCUCAAAUGCAUCCAGAUGAGCGACCACUUUGUCUAUAUUGAGAAUCAAUUCUUCGUCACCUCGACGGUCGUGGAGGGAACUGCGAUCGAAAACAACAUCGGAAACGCCCUCGUCUCGAGAAUCAUCAGGGCUCACAGAGAAGGCACGCCUUGGAGGGCGAUCAUCGUCAUCCCGCUGAUCCCCGGUUUCCCAAUGCCAAUCUCCGAGCCAGACGCCUCGUCGGUGAGGAUCAUCUGCGACUGUCAAUUCCGCUCCAUCUGCAGAGGCGAGCACUCCAUCUUCGGCAAGCUGCGUAGAGAGGGCAUCGAUCCAGACCAGUACAUUUCCUUCUUCUCUUUGAGGAAUUGGGGUAAGCUGAGGGGUGGUCAGCUCACCACGGAGCAGGUCUACAUCCACGGCAAGUGCGCCAUGUUCGACGAUCGCAUCGUCAUCAUCGGAAGUGCUAAUAUCAAUGAGCGCUCUCAACGCGGAGAUCGAGACUCGGAGCUAGCCUGUGUCAUUAGGGACACGGACAUGAUCGAGAGUCGCAUGGGCGGUAAACCCUACAUGGUAGGUCGCUUUGCGCAUACGCUCAGGGUGCGACUCAUGAGAGAGCACGUGGGCAUCGAUGUGGACGAGUUGGACGCAAAGGAGGCCAAUCUCGAUCUUUCGGAGAUGCAAGGAAAGGAGACGACGGAACAGAAGUCUGAUGCCGAGAAGAAGAAGAGCAAGGCCAGUGAGAAUGGUCAGCCCAAUCAUCAGCAACAGGAUGGCGAGCAUAGUGAUCAGCGCAAGAAGCCAUUGACCAAGGACGAGGAGCAAUGGGAUCCUGACGACGAAGAGAGGAAAGGUGUUGAUGAGGCUGCAGAAGGCAACAUCACUCGCAGCAAGCACGAGAUCCAUCGCGGUCGCGAGCUCAGCGUUCAUGCUGGGACUGCCAUGAAGGACAUGGCCAGGGGAGCCCGCAAGCAGACGCGCGACUUUAUGGUCAGGCCUACCCAGGGCAAAACGCUCCGCGACAACCCGGUCGACGAUGCGGAUGAGGCAAAUGUGAAUGAAGAGGGCGAGGAGAGGGGAGAGGAUGCUCAUGCGGACGAGCUCAAGAGGCAAGACAACCUCAAGACUCUUCUUGGUGACAGAGAGGGCGAUGCAGACCCCAAGCUCAAGGAUUCUAGUGGCUUUGGCGUGGACUCUGAGCCUGAGAAGGGCCUCUCGCAAGAAGAGAGGAAGAAGGAGGAUCUCUCGACUACGCUUGAGGAGCGCCUGUUGUCCGAGAUGCACCAAUCGGGUGGAGACAAGGGCGAGAAAGCCGAGGAGGGUGAUCGCGCUUAUCAGAGCGAAGGCGAAGGUGAAGGUGACGAAGACUACGACUACGAGGCAGACUCGCAAAGUCGCCGUCACGACCGUGCCAAGACAGAAGAGCCGGAGCCUAUGGAGCAUCGUACCCGCCACAUGGACCACUCGGCCUCUGCUCCCACAUUUGGCAAGACGCCCAAGGAAGAGGCUCGCAAGAAGAUCAAUGCCUACCUCUCGCCCAACCCCUGGCAACCCCCCAUCUCUGUGCCGGAGAUCAACACGUCUACCUCUUUCCACGACCCAAUCUCGGAUCCCUUCUACAGGGACAUCUGGCUCGCUGCUGCCCUACACAACACGCAAAUCUACCGCAAGGUGUUCCGCUGUGUGCCCGACGAUACCAUUACCAACUGGAGCGAGUACAAGGCGUUCAUGGCUUGGAGUGACCGGCUUUCGAAGAGUGGCAACUUUUCCGGAAAGGAAGGAAAAGAGGAGCGAGGUGGGAUCCCUGUCGAGGCCAGGGGUCCAGGAGCUCAACAUAACCGGGCUGCGGGAGCAAAGGAUGGCUUGAAGGCAAAGGUCAAGGGACGGCACGGUCAUUCCAGCAGUGAUGAUGAAGAUGCCAGCGCGGAUCUGAGCGAGGGCAAGCACGAGGAGAAGGAAAACACUUCUUCCAGUCAAGCUCAAGGAGACGCUACUGGCUCUUCGCCCUCCUCGGCCAAGGACGACCACAAAUCCUCACCGGGCACCCACCAGCCUCAAGCCCCUCCGGGGUCUGCCACUACGUCCGAUGGGUCCUUCUCCCAGCGCGAGCUGGAGCAGAUGGAGGCUCUCCUGGAUCAGACGGUGGGCAAUCUGGUCGUCUUCCCGACUAGAUUCCUCGAGACGGAGGAUAGAGCCAAUAAUUUCCUGUUCCCCAUGGACAGGAUCAACCCGCUGAAUGUGUACAGCUAGUCGAAGAGAAGCGAGUCGAAAAUCGGGUAGAGGAAGGGAAGAAGAGAGGGAGGAAGGUGCAGCAGAGUGCUCUCGGUGGUCUGUUUCAGUCCUUUGCAGUAUCGUGUUGCGUCGUGCCAUCUCCUGUGCACAUUGCUUCUCUAGUGUUACCAGUGCCUCGCUUUCCUAUUCCCAUUGCUAAUUCACAUUUGAUGCUCCAUUGGAUGCCCCUGCCGACUGAGUGAAUGAUUGUGCUCCAUCGCCUGCCCCCCGGUCCUUCCUCUUCGCCUUGGCCUUUGGUCUAGCGAAUGAUCCACUCUGCAAGCUCUGCGAUGUUCCCGAUACUCCGCCUGACUCCGAGAGCAGCUGCGCCUUUGCAACUUCCUUUUUACUAAGUCCCAU